GGCAAACUUUCUUAUUCGUCGCCAUUUUUCCACGCUGGCCGUUUCUUGAUCUUUUAAAAAUAUAUUCAGUUCGUAUUUAACUGAGUGUUGCUGAGGAAGUCUCUGAGAUCAGGUUUUUAUUGAAUCAUGGCGUCAUCAUCUCCAGUGCCAUCAUCUUCAUCAAUGCAAGGUGUACCAUGUGUUGCCCCUGUCAAUCGUUUCACUGCUCCUGUUCACAUUGAUGUUGGUGGUCAGAUAUACACAUCCUCGCUAGAAACGCUGGCAAGGUCUCCUGAUUCAAAACUUGGUAAGCUUUUCAAUGGAAAUAUCCCUAUUGUCAUUGACAGUCUCAAACAGCAUUAUUUUAUCGACCGAGAUGGACACUUGUUUCGUUACAUCCUCAGCUUUCUACGAACUUCUAAAUUAAAUCUGCCAAAUGAUUUUGGUGAGUUUGAUGGCUUGUACGAGGAGGCUAAAUUUUAUGAACUUCAGAAUAUGAUAGAUGCGCUAGAAGAGUACAAAGAAGAAAAGGAACGACAAAAAUCUAUGGAGGAGGAGAUUGGGAUGAAUGAAUGCAUUGUGGUCAAUGUAAGUCCUGACUGUGGUGAAAGAGUCUGUCUGAGUGGUGACAAGAACCUGGUGCAUGAAAUCUUUCCUGAGAUUGGUAGCAGUGUGCUGUGUAAUUCUGGCUCACAUUAUGGUUGGAACCAGGAUAGUAGUCAUGUGAUUCGCUUUCCUCUCAAUGGAUUCUGUAAACUGAACUCUGUACAAGUAUUACAGCGAUUAUUCCAGUGUGGAUUCAAAGUGGUUGCUGCAUGUGGCGGUGGUAGUGAGGGUGCACAAUUUUCCGAGUAUGUCAUGUGUCGUAAAAGCCUUAAUGUGUCACCUGUGAUCAAAGAAGAAUAUUUAGACUGA